AUGUUUACCAUAGAUAUGUUCAAUACUCGGCCUACCGCUGGAAACUGAAUUUGAAGAGUUGCAUCGUUGACGAACCGUGAGUGUUGUGAAGGUCGUGUGGAACCCUCAAGUACUGAUGUGUGCCUGGGGAAGACCGGGAUGUCUGCUGUUGAAUGUAGGGGAUGCACCAGCACAAAGGCAAAGAAUUGGGUGACCAGAAACUCCAAGGGCGGCGACCGGAACCCUUCUGAGCAACGAUAGCCUGUGAAAAACCCACGGAAGCCCUCCCGCGGCCACACAGAAGGGAGGAUGAGGGAAACUAACCACAAACCUCAGCGCCUCAUCAACGUAGCGAGCGGCCAUGAGGUGUAUGACAACCUCCAUACACGAUCCAACACUGAGGGUCUGUGCACGCGGUACCAGUGCAAUGGCGCCCUCAUGCUGCCGCGCAAGAGUGGCACGGAGCCCAGAUCCACGGAGGAGGCGCUCAAGCUGGCCAGGGAGUUCAUUGACGAAUAUUAUCACUCCAUCAAGAGGUACAACAGCGAACAGCACCGCCUCCGCUGGGAACACGUGUGCCGGGAGAUGAACGAGAGAGGCACCUACGACCUCACGCAGACGGAGCUCGUGUACGGCGCCAAACUCGCCUGGAGGAACGCUCCGAGGUGUAUUGGCCGCAUCCAGUGGUCCAAACUGCAGGUGUUUGACGCUCGCUACGUCACCACAGCAAGCGGCAUGUUUGAGGCGCUGUGCAACCACAUCAAGUAUGGCACCAACAAGGGGAACCUCAGGUCGGCCAUCACCAUCUUCCCCCAGCGGACAGACGGCAAGCAUGACUUCCGUGUGUGGAACUCCCAACUGAUCAGCUAUGCAGGGUACAAGCAGGAGGACGGCACCGUGGUGGGCGACCCCGCCAAUGUGGAGUUUACUGAGGUGUGUCAGAGGCUGGGGUGGCGGGGCAAGGGAGGGCGUUGGGAUGUGCUGCCCCUCGUGCUGUCAGCCAAUGGACAUGACCCAGAGUGGUUUGACAUCCCUCCAGACCUCAUCCUGACUGUCCCCAUCACGCACCCUGAAUACAAGUGGUUUGAGGAACUGGAACUGCAGUGGUAUGGCCUCCCAGCAGUGGCUUCCCUUCUGUUUGACUGUGGGGGAUUGGAGUUCCCUGCAGCUCCCUUCAAUGGCUGGUACAUGGUGUCGGAGAUCGGCACUCGGGACUUGUGUGACAGCCAUCGCUACAAUAUUAUGGAGACGGUGGGGAAGAGGAUGGGGUUGGACACACGAAGCCCCACCAACCUCUGGAAGGACAAGGUCUUGGUUGAGGUCAACAUUGCUGUCCUCCAUUCCUUCCAGAGCCUUAACGUGACCAUCGUGGACCACCACUCAGCAGCAGAGUCCUUCAUGAAGCACUUUGAAAACGAACAGAAGCUGCGAGGUGGGUGUCCUGCUGACUGGGUGUGGAUCGUGCCACCGCUGUCUGGCUCCAUCACACCUGUCUUCCACCAGGAGAUGACAGUCUACUACCUCAAGCCCUCCUAUGAGUACCAGGACCCCGCCUGGAAGACACACGUCUGGAAGAAGAACAAGGAUGUCAAUCGUAACUCCAUCAGGAGAACGAAGCGCAAGUUCCGUUUCAAGGAGAUUGCAAGAGCUGUGAAGUUCACCAGCAAACUGUUUGGCAAGGCACUGUCCAAGAGAAUCAAGGCCACCAUCCUGUACGCCACUGAGACGGGCAAGUCAGAGAUGUAUGCCAAGAAGUUGGGCGAGAUUUUUGGCCACACUUUCAAUGCUCAGGUAUGCUGCAUGGCAGACUACGACCUCAUCAACAUAGAACACGAGACCCUGGUGUUGGUGGUGACCUCAACAUUUGGCAAUGGAGACCCUCCUGAGAAUGGGGAGGAAUUCAUCAGAAAACUCGUAUACAAGUACAAGCCUAAAAAGGACUUUGCCAAGAACCUGUACGCCAUGAAGGUCAGCGGAACAGCGGCAGACAUUGACGACAUUACCAGCAGUACCUCCUAUUGGCAGGACUACUCAGCCCACAAGAGCAUGCACCGGAGUCUGUCCUUCAUGCGGAUGAACAGCCUCACGGAAGGUGCUGGUGUCUCCUCUGUGGCUCAGGAAAAUGGGGUCGCAAACACUAAUUUCCGAAGCUCCAUCACAUCUGAUAUCAUGUCUGAGAAUAAUUUUGGGGCGCUCAGCAACGUACGCUUUGCUGUGUUUGCUCUCGGGUCCAGCGCUUAUCCAAACUUUUGUGCAUUUGGAAAGUAUGUGGACAACCUUCUGGCUGAGCUUGGUGGGGAGCGGCUGAUGAAGCUGACCUGCGGUGAUGAGCUGGCCGGCCAGGAGCAAGCCUUCAAGCAGUGGGCAGCAGAGGUGUUCAAUGUUGGGUGCGAGACUUUCUGCCUGGACGAUGAUGUAGCCAUGAAGGAGGCCACCGCCGCUCUCAAGACAGAAGCGGCAGCAACAGCAGACAAGAUCAAGCUGUACCCAUGCAAUCUCAAUGACAAUGUAGCUCUUGGCUUGUCCCGUGCUCAUGGCAAGAGGGUGCGGUCGUGUGAAGUGUUGGCCUCAAGGAAUUUGCACGGAGAAAAUACCAGCAGUGGCAGUGGCAGCCGGGGAACCCAGCAGGUGAUCCUGAGCACCAGCAGCACCAAUGAGCUGCACUACCAGCCCGGGGACCAUGUGGCCAUCCUGCCAGCCAACAGGAAGGAGCUGGUGGAGGCUGUGCUGUCCCGCCUGCAGCAGUGUCCAGACCCAGACCAGCCCAUCCAAGUCCUGCUGCUGAAGGAGUUACACUCCAUCAAUGGCAUAACACAGACGUGGGAGCCACACGAGAGGCUUCCAUCGGCCAGUGUAAGAGAACUGCUGACCCGUUACCUGGACAUCACCACGCCACCCACAUCAAAUUUCCUCCAUGUGCUUGCAGAGUAUGCACACGACAAUGAUGAGCGCACUCGCCUUGACCAGCUGGCCACGGACCCUCAUGAGUAUGAGGAGUGGAAGCAUUUCCGAUACCCACACUUGAGUGAAGUUCUGGAGGAGUUCCCCAGUGUGAAUCUCGAUGCUGGUCUGCUGCUCACCCACCUGCCACUCUUGGGCCCAAGGUUCUAUUCCAUCAGCUCCUCUCCUGAUGCUCACCCAGGCGAGGUCCAUGUGACUGUGGCUAUCGUACAGUACCACACAGAAGGGGGAAAGGGUCCACUGCACUAUGGUGUGUGCUCCAAUUUCCUGAAGGAAGUGUCACCUGGGGAUCAUGUGGAGCUCUUUGUCAGAAGCGCACCAAGCUUCCACCUGCCACGAGACCCCACCGUGCCCAUCAUCAUGGUGGGACCAGGCACAGGUGUGGCACCCUUCCGAGGCUUCUGGCACCACCGCCACCAUGCCAUACUCCACAAAAAAAUCCCAGAGAAGGUGAGCCAGAUGACCCUCUUCUUUGGCUGCCGAACACGGGAGAUGGAUCUUUAUUCUGAAGAGAAGGAGAUGAUGAAGGCAUGUGGCGUGCUCACCCACACCCACCUGGCACUCUCCCGGGAGCCCACACUGCCCAAGACCUAUGUCCAGGACCUGCUGGUGGAGGUGGGGGGAGAGGUGUACCGAAGAGUGGUGCUGGAGAAAGGUCACUUCUAUGUGUGUGGGGACUGUACCAUGGCUGAGUGUGUCUACCAGAAACUGAAGGCCAUUGUGCAGGAACAUGGCCGCUUCUCUGAUCAAGAGGUGGAGAACUUUAUGCUGCAGAUGAGGGAUGAAAAUCGGUAUCACGAGGACAUUUUUGGCAUCACGCUGCGGACCGAGGAGAUUCAUCGCCAGAAGAGAGAGAGUGCCAGGGUGCGGAUGUCCUCUGUGGCACAGCAGGGGCCGCCCACCCCAACCCAAGCCCCAGCCAGUGCUCCCAGCCUGCCCACACCACCACCCAGACCCAACACACAGCCCACUCUGCCCACUCAGCCCACCUCUCAGGAGGAUCAUGAGGCCUCCCUCCCCAACGAAUAGGGAAGCCCUCGAGGGCCGAUCAGCCUCUCCAAUACCUGUUUCUCCACCACUCUGAAGCGGUUAUCAAAAGCGUUUGUUAAUUACUUACCAAGCAGUAUUAAGCCCACCUAAGUCCGUAAGUGGAACACAUUCUGGUGGGUUGUUGGUCUUUGGAAAGGGUGAAAGGCAGUUAUGUAAAUAUUUCAAGUAACAAUUUGACAUGUGAUACUGUGACAGUGAAUUUAGUUACAAAAGACACAUUUGAAUUCAAAGUUUUUCUUUUAUAAUCAAGUGAUACACUUAUCUCUUAAUCUACAUCCUGUCUUGCAUCUUGUUCCCUCCAGAGGCUCCCUCCAAGGGAUUGGCUGUGACACUAGGAUCCCCAUCUGUGCUAUUCUGUACUUCUUGAGAUUUCCUGUUCAUCUUUCUCUUUUUCUUAUCUGCUGAAAAUUCAUUGUCCUCAACAAACUUUCUUGAUGCCAUGUAACCGCCUUUUCUCAGGAAAAAAUGUUACUUUUACCUUCCCCACUCUGACUUUCAUUUCCCUUCUUACUCCUCCAAUAAGCACUACAGUGGUAAUUAUUCUACUUGAAUUUCCCAUUCCAUUCUGAUUUACAGCACUGAUUUUCAUUUAUUUUUCCUGCUUAACUUAGCACAAGUGUAAACUGUUGCUGCUUUUGCUGCAUGCACAUCAUUUAUUUUCUACUUCUGUGGGCCGCUAACAGCUGGCCAUGUCUCUGUGGGCCACUGGGCCACCUAAUUAUCUUCACUAGAAGUCUUAAUAGUAACUGCUGAUGGCUUUAGUGCCCUCACACUUAUGAAAAUUAUACUAAUGGCAUGUGCCACUUGAAGGUGGGAGUGAAUGAUCCUGCUGCCUUACAAAACAAGUAGAGUCACUACCAGACAUUAACUAAGUAACAAGUCUGGUGAAAGUGGAUUCAAAAGGCUAUGCAUAAUACAGGUUUCCGUUAAUGGCUCUUACAUAUACAGUGGCAGUAACAAUACUGCCUCUGCAGAACCACCAGUACCAGUGUGGUGUUGGGUGCCCACUACCCACACAUUAGAAACACCCUUAGCUAUGUCUCACUUUUUCCUUUCUUUAUUUUUGCAUUUUGUUGUCAUAUUCAAGCCAUAGCUGUCAAUGUCCUCCACCCUAUCACAGUCUUAGGCUGAAAAGACAUGUAAUCUUGCCAGCAAAGUGUUCCCUUAUGGAUUUAAGAAAGGCAGUGAAUGACGGCAAGAAUUCCUGUCUCUAGCUGCAGGAGAAGCUAUUGGAGAUGCUGAUCAGCACUCGACAGUUCCCACAAACAGUGAGUCAGUUCUCUGGGCUCACAUGACUGUCUAGAGGAUACAAACGAAUAUUCAAAAUAAUUAUUGUUUACCAUGAUUUCCAGUAGAUUAUGCAUUGCCUAAUAUAUAUACUAUAUAUAUAAUAUAUAUACAUAUACAUAAUAUAUGAAUAUAUUUGUGAGUUUAAGAAUUGGUUGUGCCUUACUUGUUUGAUUUGUGGUAAUGUUUUAAGGGAAUGCAUGUGAUAGUGAGAGCAAGAGAGAGAGAGAGAGAGAGAGAGAGAGAGAGAGAGAGAGAGAGAGAGAGAGAGAGAGAGAGAGAGAGAGAGAGUGUAGAUAUAGAGCUGUGAGAAAGGUGACCACUACCCUUUGUUCAAAAGUAUCUUGCCUUAAGGGAGGUGCACUUCUGGGGAUACUUUGUCUCCAAACGGCCCCAUAAAAGACAAGUCAGUAUUUUGUCGCGUCCAUUGAGGACUUUGUUAGUCUGCUUGCUGUCUGGGGGCCGUAUUUGUCUGGUAGAUUUGUUAAGGCCAAGUUUGGCUGUUGAUGGCUGUGUGGAAGAAAAUGUCAAGGUUUCUUGUUGUUUGUUGUACAUGUGUUAUGAAAUUUGAGAAAAAUGUAGUUUGAAAGGACAGUCAUGUCUGAUUAUAGUGUGGAGUGUUUUCUCUCUGUCAUCCAGGGCUGGGCUAACUAAACUAUGUAAUCAAGUUGAUGAUUUAGGGUGAAGUUCCUUCCAAGUUAUUAAUUUACAAACUUUUAGCAUUAUAUAUGAUUUACCCUGUGUUUGUAUGAGUAAUUUUUUUUAUUGAUUAUUUCAUUAAUAAUUUCUGGAAGAAUCAUCAAUUUAUUAUUAUUAUUGACAUUUAACAUGUGCAUUCAAGAUGCUAACUUGGUUGUCAUUUUAAACUAAAAUCAAAGCAUUAAUUACAUUUAAAUUAACAUGUGACCUUUGAUUUAGCCAAUACUCAUAGUGAAGGCUGGCCCAGCUUUCACAGAACUUUAUAAAAUUUUGCCAUAAUGCAGUGACAAUAUGAUAAUAGCCAGAUGGGAAUAUUUAUACAUUAUGGCAUAAUAAGACUUGUUAAUGGAUUUGGUAUUACAAGACUUUACUAUGACAUGAUGUAUAUUGUUUUGUUUGGCAAUAAUUCGUGCUGAUGAGUUGAGUGAACCCACCAGCGACACUUAAUAGUCAUAAAGACACAGGUGUGAUGGGCGCACUGGGUGACAGGUGUUGAGUGCGUCGGGCCACACGGUCACCUGUCCACAGCUCGUGUAUUUCCUGUAUAUAUAUUUUCUGGUAACGUCUUGUGCAACACUUUCAUAAUUCAGUUAAUCUUUCAGUGUUAGUGAUGACUUAGGGUAAGGUAAUGAGUAAUAUUGCACUGGAAAGUUGACAGUGUUCAUGAAUAAUGUUUCAAAGGAUUUAUAUUUGUUAAGAGACAUAUCAGGGCAUUUCCUAGAUAAUUUCUAAGGAAAGACUGUAGGUUACUAAUGUACAGAAUUUGCAGUAUCCCAAUUGAUUCUUAUCUAAUUCUCACACAGUAAUAUCACGAUUGUUAAUGAUAUGUAAGAUAGUUCUGAUAUUUGCCUGCCAUCCUGCCUGCACUCACUCAAAACUCUGUUAUCAAAUGCAAACACUUAACAUUAAAGUUCUCAUUUAUUUUAUGAACACAAUUGUUCUGACAUAACCAAACCCGACACUUCCCUCAAAACACAGCGUCCCAGUAGCUAACACUUGUAUUGUAAUGUUGAAGAGAAAACUUUGUCCAGGUGAAUUGUUAUUUAUAAUUAAUAGUGGAAUUAAGAGACCAAGUUAAUCGGUGUGUGAUCUUGGACAUUUGGCCCCCAGUGUUGUUGCUGCAGCCUGGGGAGUGACAUGGUACCACAAUGUAGCUAGUAUCAUCUAAUGUUUAAGAAUGAUGUUUUCUUUUGAUAAAUAGUUGUAGUCUUGAUAUUUAUGCAUACUGUUCAUGCACUUCACUGCACACAUGAGCCUGCUUGUUGAACCAUUUUUGCUGUAUUUUUUUUUGUUGGUGGUUGUUACAAUUGACGAUACUGACUUUACAGAUUUUGGUGUCGCUCAUUUCAGCAUAAUGAGACCCACUAGGGUUACUGUUCACCUGCAGGUCCAUGUCAUAUUAAUGUUAAUAAUGUUAGCACAAAUUAUCUACUUUAUAUCCAUUUUAAUUGAAGGUUGUGUGCCUCCUGGCUUAAAUUGACAUCAUAAAAGUCAUUAUUAAUG